AUGCCUAAACUUUCUGACAUGCCGACUGAGAUCCUUUGCCAGAUCUCGCGGCAGCUCAGCACCACAGAUCUCGGCAACCUGCGACUCACAAACAAGAGAUAUGAAGCGGCCAUAUUCAAGCCGUUUAUGCGCGAGUUCUUCUCGAAAAAGCAAUUCAUGUUGACCGAGCCCAGUCUGCAGGCUCUGAUUGACAUUUCCCUUCACCCGCAGUUCGGAAAGGAGAUCAAACACCUCAUCCUUGGCCUCGAUCACUAUCAGACUGGCCUGGCAGAUUUUGCGCCAUCCGAAAAUCAGAAGGUGGAGUAUCUAAUGGGUUUGUGUGCCCAAAGGGCCUUUGUCAACAGCGGCACAGCCCGCGACAUGUUGGCCAUGGCAGUCCAAAAUCUGUCAUCCCUUGAAGUUAUCGACAUUCGCGACUUCAGGAGCCAGACCCGCAAUCGAGAUCGGGGUGCCUUUGCAAGCUACGGCGCACUCACAGUUGAGCAAUCGACCGGCCUCUCGCUGCUCAUGACUCCAGGAUCUGCUGCCGACUAUUUUGCAAUGACCCUGCCAAGCACCGCCUUCAGUACCGCCUUCAGCACCGUCGUUCAAGUCAUUGGUCCGUCCCGCGGAAUCGCUAUUGAGACCGUCGUUCGCAACAGCCAAUGGGGGCUCACGGAUACCGCGUUUUUCCUCCCUGAAUUCAACCGCGCCCGGACCGUUGCGGCUUUGCAAUGCAUGAAGAAGCUUCACCUGUGCCUCGACGUGAAUAGAAUCAAUUUUACCUCCCAAACUGCCCAAGACCCGACGGACAAGGAAGCAAGACGCUGGAUGGCCAAAAGCCAUCUUCAAACCUUCCUUUCAUACACUACGAACCUCGAGUGGCUGCGUCUGAACUUUUCCAAGCCUCCAGACUUUAAUCUGCACAGAUCAUUACUCUGCUGGGUGGGCCUCCCUACACAAUAUGGCUCCCCAAUCUUCGCCGCGCCCCUGAAGCGCCUCGACCUCGGCCAGGUGCGCCUGCGAUCUGAAGAAUACCUCGCCGUGUUCCGCAAAUUCAAGGACACGCUAGAAGGCUUCAGCAUUUGGAGCUCGUGCAUCGAGAUGACCACGCAGGACGUCAGGGACAAGGUGAACAAGUGGGGGCAGCUUUUUAAGAGGCUAGCUGAACUACCACGCCUCAAGGAAGUUGUGAUUGGCCAGCUCCGGAUCGAGCCGAUGGGUUUUGUCGACAUUGUUGCGAACGAUGGGGAGAAGGGAGGACCCAGAGUCGAAUACCGGGGGGACGACGCCGGUGGGUUCCUGAGGCGCCUGGCUGAGCGGACUGUGCCGCAGUGGCCGGCUUCGGACACGGAGUCGGAGUUGGACGACUCGGACGCGUUUGUUUCAGGCGAAGAUGAAGACAGCGACGGCGAGAACAGCAGUGAAGAGGAAUGA